AUGACAUCUCAAUCAUUUAUUGGCUGGUCAAUUGAAGACUGGAAAAGAUUUCAUUUUGAAUCAACACCAAAUCAAUCAUUAGAAUUAUUAUCACAACUUUUAACAUCUCAAAAUGUUGCUCCAAAAGAUACUGCCUGGAUUUCACUUGUUUCAUCUGAAAACUUAAAACAUCAAUGGAAUUUCUUACAAUCAAAAUCAAAUAAAUCUCAACUUCCAUUAUAUGGUGUACCUGUUGCAAUUAAAGAUAACAUCAACGUCAAAGGAAUUCAAACAACUGCAGCUUGUCCAUCAUUUGCUUAUACUCCAGAAGAAGAUUCAACUGUUGUUGCCCUUUUAAGAAAUUCAGGAGCUAUUAUUUUAGGUAAAACCAAUUUAGAUCAAUUUGCAACAGGAUUAGUGGGUACAAGAUCUCCCUAUGGAAUUGUUCCAAAUACUUUUAAUUCAAGUUAUGUAUCUGGUGGUUCUUCAAGUGGUUCUGCUUCAGUAGUUGCUAGAGGUAUAGUUCCAAUUGCUUUAGGUACUGAUACUGCUGGUUCAGGUCGUGUUCCUGCUGGAUUAAAUAAUAUCAUUGGAUUAAAACCAACUAAAGGUGCCCUUUCUUGUUAUGGUGUCGUUCCUGCUUGUAAGUCUUUAGAUUGUGUUUCCAUCUUUUCCUUGAAUUUGCAAGAUGCUCAAUUAGUUUUCAACAUUUUAGCAAAAGAAGAUGGCGAAAAGGAUCCUUAUUCCAGAGCAUUACCAGAGAAUCCAUUAGUUCAAUUCCCCACUAAACCAAGAAUUGCUGUUCCAACCAAUCUUUUAUGGUAUGGUGAAACUGAAAAUCCUAAAUUAUUCGACAAAGCAGUCCAAUUAGUUGAUACGAAAGUAGGUGUUGAAUUGGUAUCUACAAACAUUGAUCCAAUGCUUGAAUUAGCUCAAUUUUUAUAUGAAGGUCCUUGGGUUUCGGAAAGAUAUUCUGCAAUUAAGAAGUUCUUGUCAACUGAUCCUCCCAAAGAAGAAUUGGACCCAACUGUUAUGAGAAUCAUUAAAAGUGGUGAGAAGAGAACAGCAACUGAAGCUUUUGAAUACGAUUACAAAAAGCAAGCAUUAUUGCAAAAGAUUGAGAAAAUUCUUGAAACGAUUGACGUUGUUAUUGUUCCAACUGCUCCAUUAACUCCUACAAUUCAACAAGUCACUGAUGAUCCAAUCAAAUGGAAUUCAUAUCAAGGUACUUAUACUAAUUUUGUUAACUUGGCUGAUAUGUCUGCUAUUUCGGUUCCAGCUGGUUUCAGAAGUGAUGGAUUACCUUUUGGAAUUACUUUCUUGUCUCAUAAGUUCAAUGAUUAUGCUUUAUUAGAAUUGGCAAGCAGAUACAUGAAAUCAUAUUGUGAGGUCGGUCAACACUUUAUUGGUGCAACUAAACAACAAUCUACAUUUGGUAAUCAAUUACAUUCAACCAUUCCAAAACUUAUCGCCGGCAAUCAAGUUAAAUUAGCUGUCGUUGGUGCUCACUUGAAGGGAUUCCCAUUACAUUGGCAAUUGGAGAAGGUACAUGCUAGAUUUAUUGAAUCUACAACUACAUCUGAAAACUACAAAUUGUAUGCUUUAUCAAACACUCGAUCAGUUUCUAAACCUGGAUUAAGAAGAAUUGCCGAGAAUGGAGCUAGUAUCACAGUUGAAGUAUACUCUAUUCCAAAAGAAGAAUUUGGGAAUUUUAUCAGUUAUGUUUCUGAACCACUUGGAAUUGGAUCUGUUGAAUUAAAAUCUGGCGAAUGGGUUAAAUCUUUCAUCUGUGAAGAAGCUGGUUACACUCAGUCUGGAACAAUUGAUAUUACUAAAUUUGGAGGUUGGAAGAAUUAUCAAGAUCAUGUUGCUCAAGAAAAUGCCAAACUCAGAAAACCUUUCAAUUCAGUUUUGGUUGCAAACAGAGGUGAAAUCGCAGUUAGAAUUAUCAAGACAUUGAAGAAACUUGGUAUUAAAUCCAUUGCUAUCUAUUCGGAUCCAGAUAAAUAUGCUCAGCAUUCAUUGAUGGCUGAUGUUGCUAUUCCAUUACAUGGUACAACUGCUGCUGAAACUUAUAUUUCAAUGGAAAAGGUAAUUCAAGCUGCAAAAGAUUCUGGUGCCGAAGCAAUUAUUCCUGGUUAUGGUUUCUUAUCUGAAAAUGCUGACUUCUCAGACCGUUGUGGAAAGGAAGGGAUUGCUUUUGUUGGUCCUUCUGGUGAUGCAAUUAGAAAAUUGGGUCUUAAACAUUCAGCUAGAGAAAUUGCCAUGAAGGCUGGUGUACCAUUAGUUCCUGGUUCUGGUUUAGUUAGUACCGCUGCUGAAGCUAAAGAAAUUGCAGCUGAGUUGGAAUAUCCUGUCAUGGUUAAAUCUACUGCAGGUGGAGGUGGUAUUGGUUUACAAAAGGUUGAUUCUGAGGAUGAUAUUGAAAGAGUAUUUGAAACAGUUCAACAUCAAGGGAAAUCAUAUUUUGGUGAUUCUGGUGUUUUCUUGGAAAGAUUUGUUGAAGAUGCUAGACAUGUUGAAGUUCAAAUUCUUGGGGAUGGAAAUGGAAAAGCAAUUGCACUUGGUGAAAGAGAUUGUUCCUUACAACGUAGAAACCAGAAGAUUAUCGAAGAGACUCCUGCUCCUAAUUUCCCUGAACAUACUAGAACCAAAAUGAGACAAGCUGCUGAAUCAUUAGCUUCAUUAUUGAAUUAUAAGUGUGCUGGUACUGUUGAAUUCAUAUAUGAUGAAAAGAGAGAUGAAUUCUAUUUCUUGGAAGUCAAUGCUAGAUUGCAAGUUGAACACCCUAUCACUGAAAUGGUAACUGGUUUAGAUUUAGUUGAAUGGAUGUUAUUCAUUGCUGCCGGUAAUCCUCCGGAUUUCAACCAAAAGAUUGAAGUUAAUGGUGCAUCAAUGGAAGCUAGAUUAUAUGCUGAAAAUCCAGUUAAAGAUUUCAUGCCAUCUCCAGGUCAAUUAACUGAAGUUGUAUUUCCAGAAUGGGCAAGAGUAGACACUUGGGUUGAAAAAGGUACUGUCAUUUCUGCUGAGUAUGAUCCUACAUUAGCCAAAAUCAUUGUUCAUGGUAAAGAUAGACAAGAUGCUUUGAAGAAGUUACGUCAAGCUUUGGAUGAAACUAGAGUUUAUGGAUGUGUCACCAAUUUAGAUUAUUUGAGAUCAAUUACCAAUUCCAAGAUGUUUGAAGAAGCUAAAGUUGCAACUAAGGUCUUAGAUUCAUAUGAUUAUCAACCACAUGCAAUUGAAAUUAUCGAUCCUGGUGCAUAUACUACUGUGCAAGAUUAUCCUGGUAGAACUGGUUAUUGGAAUAUCGGUGUCCCACCUUCUGGUUGUAUGGAUCAGUAUUCAUUUAGAAUGGCUAAUAGAAUUGUUGGUAAUGACAAGUCUGCUCCUGGUAUUGAAAUUACUUUGUAUGGUCCAAAAAUGAUGUUUCAUCAUGAUGCUGUAGUUGCUGUCACUGGUGGUCAAACUGUCAUUGAAGUUAAUGGUGUUGAAAUUAAUCAAUGGGAACCAAUUGCAAUCAAACGUGGUGACACAUUAUCAAUUGGUAAGUUAUCUUCUGGUUGUAGGGCAUAUUUGGCUAUCAGAGGUGGUGUUGAUGUUGUUGAAUACUUGGGAUCUAGAUCGACAUUUGCUUUAGGUAAUUUAGGUGGCCAUAACGGAAGAGUGUUGAAAUUUGGUGAUGUUUUAUUCUUAGGUCAACCUGAAGUGGCUAGUUGUACAUUGUCUGCUCCAGUUUCUGCCCCUGUCUCCAUUCCAAAAUCCUUAAUUCCAAACUACUCAAAUAAGAUUUGGCAUGUUGGUGUUACUUGUGGUCCUCAUGGUUCUCCAGAUUUCUUCAAGCCUGAAUCAGUGAUUGAUUUCUUUUCUUCCACUUGGAAAGUCCACUACAAUUCAAACAGAUUUGGUGUUAGAUUGAUUGGUCCUAAACCUAAAUGGGCAAGACCUGAUGGUGGUGAAGCUGGUUUGCAUCCAUCCAAUACUCAUGAUUAUGUAUAUUCAAUGGGAGCUAUUAAUUUCACUGGUGAUGAGCCUGUUAUUUUAACUUGUGAUGGUCCUUCUUUAGGUGGGUUUGUAUGUGAAGCCGUUAUUGCAGAAGCUGAACUUUGGAAAAUUGGUCAAGUCAAACCUGGUGAACAUAUUCAAUUUGUCCCAAUUACUUAUGAGACUGCUAAACGGUUGAAGGCUGAACAAAAUACAAACAUUGAAGAUUUAUGUGGUGAGUUACCUUCAUUUGAAAGUGAUGCUUUAGCUGUUCCUGAGAAUCCAAUCUUAUAUCAAUAUAAGAUUUCUGAAAAUGCUCCAAUUGUUACUUAUCGUCAAGCUGGUGAUAGAUACAUCUUGGUUGAGUAUGGUGAAAAUUUCCUUAAUUUGAAUUUAUCUUACAGAAUCCACAAGUUGAUCGAAAUGGUUAAGGAGCACAAAACAGUUGGCAUCUUUGAAAUGUCUCCUGGUGUUAGAUCUGUUUUGGUUGAAUUCGCUGAUGAGAUCUCUCAAUCUGAUCUUUUGGAAACUUUGGUGUCAUAUGAGAAAGAAAUACUUUAUGUUAACAAAUGGGAAGUUAAAUCGAGAAUCAUUAGGUUACCAAUGGCUUUUGAGGAUAAGAAGACAUUGGAAGCUGUUACCAGAUAUCAAGAAACUAUUAGAAGUGAAGCUCCUUGGUUGCCUAACAAUGUUGAUUUCCUUGCUACAAUUAAUGGUAUUACCAGAGAUGAUGUUAAGGAUAUGUUAUAUACUGCUAGAUUCUUGGUGCUUGGUUUGGGUGAUGUUUUCUUAGGUGCUCCUUGUGCUGUUCCAUUAGAUCCUAGACAAAGAUUCUUAGGUACCAAAUACAAUCCCUCAAGAACUUAUACUCCAAAUGGGACAGUUGGUAUUGGUGGAAGUUACAUGUGUAUCUACACUAUGGAAUCUCCAGGUGGUUAUCAAUUGGUAGGUAGAACUGUUCCAAUCUGGGAUAAAUUAUCAUUAGGUACUCAUUCUCCAAGUGAAAAACCAUGGUUAUUAUCUCCAUUUGAUCAAAUUGAAUUCUAUCCAGUUGCUGAAGAAGAAGUUGACAAAUUUGCUGAAGAAAUGAAUGCCGGAAAAUUCAAAGUGGAUAUUGUUGAUACUGUUUUCGAUCAUGGUAAAUAUUUGGAAUGGGUACAAGAGAAUUCCGAAUCAAUUGAAGAAUUCCAAAGACAGCAAGGUGGUGAAAAAUUAGAAGAAUUCAACAAAUUGAUUCAAAUCUCGAAUUCUGAACUUGCAAAUUCUGGUACCAAAGAAGUUAGUCUGGAAACAUUUGAUGAAUCGUCUGCAAAGGUUUAUUCUGAAUUCUCUGGAAGAUUUUGGAAGGCAUUGGUUGAUGUUGGUGUGCAGGUGGUAGCUAAUCAAGCAUUGAUUGUUGUUGAAGCCAUGAAGACUGAAAUGAUUGUCAAUGCACCAAGAGAUGGUAAAGUAUUGAAGAUUUUCCACCAAAAUGGUGAUAUGGUGGAUGCUGGUGAUUUAGUUGUUGUUAUUGAAUAG